UUUGGCUUUGGCUUUAUUUGUCAGCCAAAAAACUCCUGAAAGGACAAAUCAACAAUUCCCCCGUCAUUCCCAGAUUCCCUGCCUACGUGGCCUUAACGGGACGAAACGAAAUCGAGAAUGACAGUUAAACUGUAGAGAGAGAAACUAGAGAGAGAGAGAGAGAGAGAGAGAGAGAGAGGAGGUCACCGACUCGCCAGAAAGGGAGGGAGGGAGACGAGAGAGAGAGAGAGAGAGAGAGAGGGAGGGAGGGAGAGGGGGAAUCGAGGAGUGCAGGUGAAGGCGCACGCAAUUUUAUUCGUUCAUCUUCAAAGCAUUUAUCGAAUAUGCUCGCAUCUCCCUGUAUCGAAUCGCGGCUUAACGACCUCAGAAUCGUUCUGAGUGGCGAGUAUUGGCGGAUUCGUGAGCUAUUCUCGCAGUGUAGGUAAUGCAAUGUCUUAUUUCGUUGCUGUUUGGACGUACAAUGAUGCUUCGAUGCUUUCGGGCUCGCGAAUUCGCGAAUUUUCGGGGUAUGCGGGAGUGUUUGAAUUUCUAGGGUUUUUGGGAAUCUGGAGAAGUUGUUUUAGCUGUUCUGGAGCUGAGCGUUGAUUAGCGGAGGCUGUGUGCGUGACGGUAGGUUUUUGCUUGUAUUACUUUGGAUUUUUAGGGCUUUUGAACGGAGUUCUUGAGGUGGAAAUUUAGAUAUUAGUUUUCUUAUCGGAAUGGGUUGAACGGAGAGUUUGGAUUUUUUGGCAAUCUAGUUCAGAAGUGUUGACAAGUUCUUUUAUGGAGCGAAGUUGGAGCCCGGCCUUUGGAUUUAAAUAUAUUUUGGGUUGUUCAAAUGGGUUUUGGCUCUACUGUUGGGCAGCACAUGCUAUUGAUACUUGAAUGGCUGAUUUGCAGAAAACCGGUGUGCCCGAGAGGGAUAUCGAGCAGGCCAUUACAGCACUUAAGAAAGGUGCAUAUUUGCUGAAGUAUGGACGCAGGGGGAAGCCCAAGUUCUGCCCAUUUCGACUUUCUAAUGACGAAUCCAUAUUGAUAUGGUACUCUGGCAAAGAAGAGAAACAGCUCAAACUGUGUCAUGUUUCAAAGAUUAUCCCUGGACAGCGUACUCCAAUAUUUCAUCGGUACCCUCGGCCUGAAAAGGAAUAUCAAUCAUUUUCUCUUAUAUACAAUGACAGAUCCUUGGAUUUGAUAUGCAAGGACAAGGAUGAAGCUGAAGUUUGGUUUGUUGCUCUUAAGGCUUUAAUUUCACCUGGUAACUACCGUAAGUGGAAGAGUGACGGAAUAGGUGAGUGUGUUUCAUCAGGUAGUCCACUUGCUCGACAUAUAAGAAGCUCUCCCUCAAUUACAUCAUCUGAUCCAGGAGAGAAUCAACGAGUGCAUGUUCCUUCUGAUAACAUUCCACAGAAUGGACUUGCAAAGGCAUUCUCUGACAUUGUAUCAUAUACUGCAGUAGCCAGGAGUCACAUUCAAGCUGAAUCAUCCACCAAUUCUCUAAACUCAAUAUUAUCUGGGGUUGUAGAGAACUCAAAUGACCGAAACUCUGCAGCUGAAACAUUUCGUGUUAGUCUAUCAAGUGCUGUAAGCUCAUCAAGCCAUAGUUCUUUUCAUGAAGAUUUUGAUGCCUUGGGAGAUGUUUUCAUCUGGGGAGAAGGCAUUGGUGAUGGUAUGCUGGGUGGUGGUAUACAUAGAGUUGGUAGUUCAUCUAGUAGCAAGAUGGACGCACUUCUGCCUAAGGCAUUGGAAUCAACAGUGGUGCUUGAUGUUCAUAAUAUUGCUUGUGGUGUUAGGCAUGCAGUACUAGUCACCAAACAAGGGGAGAUCUUUAGUUGGGGGGAGGAGUCGGGGGGCAGGCUUGGGCAUGGUGUAGAUGCAGAUGUUUCCCACCCAAAGCUCAUUAACACUCUUUGUGGAAUGAACAUAGAACUUGUAGCAUGUGGGCAGUAUCACACUUGUGCUGUUACAUUUUCUGGGGAUCUUUACACAUGGGGUGAUGGUGCUCUCAAUCCUGGUCUGCUUGGUAAUGGAAGUGAGGUGAGUCAUUGGAUCCCUAAAAAGGUAACUGGCCAUAUGGAGGGUAUACGCAUAUCAUAUGUAUCUUGCGGACCAUGGCAUACAGCUGCUGUGGCAUCUUCAGGCCAGUUGUUCACAUUUGGAGAUGGAACUUUUGGUGCCCUAGGCCAUGGAGAUCAUAGCAGCACAAGUAUACCACGAGAAGUGGAAUCUUUAAGAGGAUUGAGAACAAUAAAGGUCGCCUGUGGUGUGUGGCACACUGCUGCAGUUGUUGAAAUUAUCAUUGAGUCUUCUAUUUCUGGCCAUUCUGGUGGCUCUUCAUCUGGAAAACUUUUCACUUGGGGAGAUGGAGAUAAAGGUCGACUUGGACAUGGUGAUAAAGAAGACAGACUUGUUCCUGAGCGUGUUGCUGCAAUGGCUGAUGAAAAUUUUUGCCAAGUAGCCUGCGGGCAUGACCUCACGAUUGCCCUUACAACCUCAGGCCGAGUAUAUUCUAUGGGAAGUUCUGCUUAUGGGCAGCUGGGAAAUCCUACAGUUGAUGGAAAAACCCCUGCUUGUGUCGAGGGUAAAAUUGUAGACAGUUUUGUUGAAGAGAUUGCCUGUGGUUCUCAUCAUGUUGCAGUUCUGACUUCAAAAACUGAGGUCUAUACUUGGGGAAAGGGUGCAAAUGGCCAAUUAGGGCAUGGAGACAGUGAUGACAGAAAUUUUCCUACAGUUGUUGAUUUCCUAAAAGAUAAACAAGUGAAGAGUGUUAUAUGUGGUUCAAAUUUUACUGCUGUUAUAUGCCUUCAUAAAUGGGUAUCAAGUGCUGACCAUUCUGUGUGCUCUGGUUGUCAUAAUCCAUUUGGUUUCAGAAGAAAACGUCACAAUUGUUACAAUUGUGGACUAGUUUAUUGCAAAGCAUGUAGCAGUAGGAAAUCUCUGAAGGCUUCGUUGGCUCCAAAUAUGAACAAGCCAUAUCGUGUAUGUGAUGAUUGUUUUACUAAACUGAAGAAGGCUGUGGAAUUUGGAUCUGUGAGGCGAAUUCCUAAAGUCAGAAGUGGGAAUUUUCUGCUGAAGUCCAGUGAGGUGACAGAAAAAGAGGGUCUGGGUCCUAGAUUACAAGGACAACUGUCCAGACUUUCUUCUGCUGAUUCAUUGAAGCAGGCUGAAAACAGGCAUAGUGGGCAUGAAACAAAACUUGAACUAAAUGAUAACCGCAUCUUCCCCACUAUGACAGGAAAUUUCCAGUGGGGGAGCUAUAGUUCAUUUAAAGCAUCUACAUCUUUGUCUGGGCCCUCAAAGAAAGUUGCUUCAUCUUCUGUUCCUGGUUCCAGGGUGGCCUCUCGUGGAACAUCUCCUGUUUCAGGAAAGUCGAGUCCAUGUCAGUCUGCAACACAACCAGCAUCUUUUAGUUUUAUAAUAUCUCCCGAAGUAGUACUUGAUGAUUCGAAGCAUACAAAUGACAGUCUUAGCCAAGAAAUCAUAAAUUUAAGGACACAAGUAGAAGAUCUUACUUGCAAAUCCCAACACCUCGAAGCUGAACUAGAAAGAACGUCAACGCAAUUGGAGGAGGUUACUACAAUAGCAGCAGAUGAAGCUGAAAAAUGCAAAGCUGCUAAAGAAGUAAUCAAGUCUCUAACUGUACAGUUGAAGGAGAUGGCUGAAAGAGCAUCUGAAGAACAUAUUUCCAAACCCAAACUGACAUCUGUUGUCACCAGCAGACCAGGCUCUGCAGCCUGUAGCAAAUCAUGUUCUGCAGCCGGCAGGAAAGCAGGUUCUCUUGCAAGACACGCCUCCAAUAUUCUGAAUGCACUUUCUGAGGAGAACCAUGUGACAGCCCCAAUCUCUCCCACAAGUGAGUUGAACAGUAUUGCAGUGAAUUCAGUCUUAUCUAAUGGAACCAAGGAACAAACUGAGAACUCUAGUGGAACCGAGGAACAAAGUGAGAACUCUAGUAGUACCAAAGAACAAACUGAAAAGGCAGAGUGGGUGGUACAUGAUGAACCGGGUGUAUACAUUACUCUUUCCUCUUCCCCGGGGGGUGGAAAUGAACUCAGACGUGUACGCUUCAGUCGGAAACGUUUCACAGAGGGACAAGCUGAGGAAUGGUGGGCUGAAAAUGGCACCAAAGUGUGUGAGCGGCUUAACAUACGAAGUUCAGAGUGAGAGUCGGCAAAUGCCCCUUCAGUUCUUCUGCAAGAGAACGAAGCCUGACUAACUGAUGUAGCUGCCUGUUUCCAAUGACCCUUCCCCCCUCUACUGGAAACUGUAAAUUCCCCUUUUUCCCAUCAUUCAGUGGAGAUCAACCCAAGGAUCCUGGGUCAGAUAUUGGCAGGUAGAAAUGAGGAAUGAGAUAAGUAAGGAUUUUUUUUUUAUUUUUUUUUUUUUUUAAAAAAAAAGUAUAAAUGAAAAAAAAUAUCAGGAAUUUAGGUAUUCUGUGGCCAAAAUUAAAUCUGUGCGGCUGUAAAUUUUCUUCUUGUCAAAGCUAACAAAGCUUCAUGCGUCUUCAUUUGAGGCUUGUAUCCUCACUUUUGUCCCUGAGGAUUGUUCGUUCUUUUUUCAGACUUUCUUUUUUCUUUUCUUAUUAUUUACUGUUAACACAUUUACCAAAGAAACAUGGGAGCCCAGCCCCCUUUUCAUUUCUUCAGCAAG